AUGACCCAGCAUGACAUUCUUGAAUGGGUCUCGAGUACCUACUCUAUGGUCGCGCAUAGUGAGUAUGAAACCCACAGUCUAGAAUCGACCCUCACCGAGAAUCAGAGAAAACCUCGACCGAACCCUACCACCGAGCAAUCCAGCUCAACCUUAGCGGGCUUCUCCCUGGACCCCGACACGCUAGGCGAUGUCGUCCAAGCUAAAAACCUCCGAGAGAUCCAGACUCUGGGUGGUGUGAGGGGACUGGAAGAUGCCCUGCAAACCGAUGUCCAUUCGGGCCUGAGCCUGAACGAGAUUCAUCUGGAUGCGGUCGUGGUGUCAACAAGUACUGCAUCCACGGAGAAGGUCACUACCCCUGAGCAUCCUGUCGAUACGCAUCUACAUCAGGAACCUUUUGUGGACCGAAGGAGAUAUUUUGGGGACAACCGGCUACCAACAAAACCAUCCCCGAGCUUCGUAUCGUUGAUGUGGGCUGCAUAUAACGAUCACGUUCUGUUCCUUCUGACCGGCGCCGCAAUCAUCUCACUUGCUUUGGGUCUUUAUCAGACUUUCGGCACCAAACAUUCUGCGGACAACCCCCCUGUCGAAUGGGUCGAGGGCGUCUCGAUUCUGGUCGCUAUUGUCGUGAUCACUCUUGCAGGUGCAGCCAACGAUUACCAGAAGGAGUUCAAGUUUCGGAAGCUCAAUAAGAAACAACAAGAUCGGAACGUGUGGGUGCUGCGGUCCGGGCGGACUCACGAAGUUCCCAUAUCAGACAUUGUCGUCGGUGAUGUCGUCCACAUCAACCCAGGCGACAUCGUGCCUGCAGAUGGAAUCUUGAUCAGUGGUCACCAGGUCAAGCUAGACGAGUCAGCAGCAACUGGGGAGUCUGAUCCAGUAGAUAAGCACACCGUCGAUACAGUCCGCGAUGCGUCUGAACAAAUUGACCCGUUCAUCCUUUCCCAUACCAAGGUUGUGGAAGGUGUCGGUGUUUACCUCGUGUUGGCAGCAGGCACAAGAUCCAGCUAUGGAAGAGUACUUCUUUCCCUUGACACAGAUCCUGGCUUUACACCUCUCCAAGUCCGACUGAGCUCUUUAGCUAAGAACAUCGCCCGGUUCGGUGCCCUUGCAGCGCUGGUACUUUUCGUCAUUCUAUUCAUCAAGUUCUGUGUCAGCCUUCGCAACAGUACUGAGUCAGCUUCGGAGAAAGGACAGGCCUUCUUGAACGUGUUCAUUCUAGCAUUGACGGUCGUUGUUAUUGCUGUCCCAGAGGGACUUCCGCUGGCAGUGACGCUGGCACUGUCUUUUGCCACUACGCGCAUGAUGCGAGACAACAAUCUGGUUCGGCAACUUCGCGCAUGCGAGACUAUGGGCCAGGCAACGGAUAUUUGCUCAGACAAGACUGGUACUCUGACACAGAACGAGAUGACAGUUGUGUCCUGUUUCUUUGGUCCCAACUCAUCCACUGAUCCGUCAGAUUCCACCGUGGAAAUUGAGACAAGCCGUCUCUCUGGUCAAUCUGCGUCACACUUAAGACAAUCUAUUGUCAUCAACUCGACGGCAAUUGAGAGCCGGGAGGGAUCUGGCCGUCAAUUUCUGGGCUCUCAGACCGAGGCUGGACUUUUGAGAUUUGCGCAAGACUAUCUGGGACUUGAUCAGUUGGACACUGAAAGAUCUAACGCAGAGGUCGUUGAUCUUCUCCCAUUCGAUGCCUCUCGCAAAUACAUGAUCACGAUCAUCAAGCUUCCUGGCGGGUCAUAUCGAGCUUACCUAAAAGGUGCCCCAGAGAUGCUUCUCCGAAAAUGUGCUACCAUAUCAGCACCACCAGGAGAGCAGCAUCAAGUCACAUUGAGUGACCAUGUCAUUGAGGGGAUUCACUUAAAGAUCUCCGAAUACGCCUCACGCUCGUUGCGUACUAUCGCUAUCUGCUAUCGUGAUUUAGACGCAUUGCCUGAGAGUGGUGGCGGUAUAGACUUUGAGCAAGUGAUGCAAUCAUUGACAUUCCAAGGUAUCCUAGGUUUACAGGACCCUCUCCGAGCCGACGCAUGGAGUGCUGUGGAUACGAGUCACAAAGCCGGACUAACAGUCCGAAUGGUCACCGGCGAUAACCCACUGACGGCUCGAGCUAUUGCUCAAGAAUGCGGAAUUAUCAGCAGUCCCGAUGACAUAGUGAUGGAAGGUGACGAAUUCCGCAAACUUGACGAAUCACAACAGAAAGAGAUCGUUCCACGCCUGAAGGUUCUGGCCCGGUCACGCCCAGACGACAAGCGAGUCUUGGUUCAGCGACUGAAAGAUCUCGGCAGAGUCGUAGCCGUGACCGGCGAUGGAACGAACGAUGCCCCAGCCCUCGCAGCCGCCGACAUCGGAUUCUCCAUGGGAAUAUCGGGUACCGAAAUUGCCCGCGAGGCGUCCUCAAUCGUGCUGAUGGACGACACGUUCUCAUCAAUUGUCAAGGCAAUCAUGUGGGGCCGAGCUGUCAGCGACGCAGUGAAGAAGUUCCUCCAGUUCCAAAUUACAAUCACGUUCACUUCCGUCGGGCUGGCUUUUGUUUCGGCAGUGGCUGAUUCCUCACAAGAGUCUGUUCUCACCCCCGUUCAGCUCAUGUGGGUAAACCUAUUUCAGGACACACUUGCUGCUCUGGCUUUAGCGACUGAUCCUCCUCCUCGGCGAAUUCUUGAUCGAAAGCCUGAGCCAACAUCAACCCCGUUGAUCACGCCUACGAUGUGGAAGAUGAUCAUUGGUCAGUCUAUCUAUCAGAUGGUCGUGACACUCGUUCUUUACUUUGCUGGCUCGUCGAUAUUUUCUUAUCACGGCGCUCACCAAACGUCCCAACUGCAGACUGCCGUCUUCAACACCUAUGUCUGGAUGCAGAUCUUCAAUAUGUACAACAACCGCCAAAUUGAACGAUCAUUCAAUCUCGUCGAAGGACUGCAUCGCAAUUGGUUAUUCAUCGCAAUCACUUCCAUCAUGAUGGGUGCACAGAUCUUGAUCAUGUUUGUGGGCGGACGCGCAUUCUCAAUCACAACUUUGACUGGGGACCAGUGGGCUUAUUCUUUAGUUCUUGGUGCCAUCUCCAUUCCCGUGGGAUUUCUUUUACAGGCUGUCCCUGAUGUCAUUGUUGAGAAGCCAAUGGCAGGCAUCGCAGGCCUUUGGGAGCGAUUGCGUCGUCGAUCGUGA